AUGAUUCAUUUAGUUACCUCAAUGAAAGAAGAAUACGAAUAUGAGUUUAUUAAGAAGAUAGUUACAGUGAUUUCAAACAAGAUCAACCGUGUUCUUUUACAUGUUGCCGAUCACCCCGUUGGGCUCGAGUCUCGACUGCUGCAAGUAAAGUCACUUCUAGAUGUUGACUGUGAUAAUGGAGUCGGUCUGAUUGGGAUAUAUGGAAGUGGAGGAUUAGGUAAAACAACACUUACUCGAGCAGUUUAUAAUUUGAUUGCGGAUCAAUUUGAAGGAUUGUGCUUCCUUCACAAUGUGCGAGAAAAUUCAGUUAAAUAUGGCUUAGAAUAUCUCCAAGAGCAGCUCCUCUCCAAAUCAAUCGGAUUGGAGAUUAAGUUAGGACAUGUUAGUAAAGGAAUUCCAAUCAUAAAAGAAAGGCUACAUCAAAAGAAAAUUUUGUUGAUUCUCGAUGACGUUGACAAGCUAAAGCAGUUGCAGGUUUUGGUUGGAGAGCCUAGUUGGCUUGGUCCUGGGAGUAGAGUCAUCAUUACCACCCGAGACAAACAUUUGCUAUCAUGUCAUGGGAUUAAAAGAAUAUAUGAAGUCGAUUUCUUAAAUAAGGAUGAAGCUCUUGAAUUGUUUAGGUGGAUGGCUUUUAAAAGUAACCACAAUGACUCAAGUUAUGAUUAUAUUUUAAACAGUGCAGUUAAAUAUGCUUCUGGCCUUCCGUUAGCUUUAGAAGUAGUGGGUUCCAGCUUGUUUGGAAAGUGUACAACAGAAUGGGAAUCUACAUUACAGAAGUAUGAAAGGAUUCCACAUGAAGAUAUCCAAAACAUACUUAGAGUAAGCUAUGAUGCUUUGGACGAAGAACAACAAAGUGUAUUUUUGGAUAUUGCUUGUUGCUUCAAAGGGUGUAAAUUGACAGAAGUCCAAAAGAUACUUCAUGCUCGUUAUGACCAUUGCAUAAAAAGUCAUGUUGGAGUGUUGGUUGAUAAAGCUCUCAUGAAGAUUAAUUUUUAUGGUUUUGUGGCAUUACAUGACUUGAUAGAGGAUAUGGGUAAAGAAAUUGUCCGACAAGAAUCACCCAAAGAACCUGGAAAACGCAGUAGGUUGUGGUUUCAUGAAGAUAUAGUUCAUGGAACUAGGAAAAUCGAAAUCAUACGUUUGAGUUCCCUGUCAACCGAAGAAACAAUAGAUUGGAAUGGAAAGGCAUUUCAAAAAAUGAAAGGUCUCAAAGCACUUAUCAUUGAAAAUGGUCAUUUUUCUAAAGCUGCAAGAUACCUCCCAAGUAGUUUGAGAUUAUUGAAAUGGAAUAGAUGUCCUUCGAAGUCUCUCUCGUCUAUUUUUUUGAACAAGAAGUUCGAGUAUAUGAAAGUUUUGAGCUUUAACGAUUGUCAAUAUUUAACUGAUCUACCCGAUGUCUCAGGUCUUCAAAAUUUAGAAAAGUUCUCAUUUGAAAAUUGUAACAAUUUAAUUACAAUUCACAAUUCAAUUGGGUUCCUAAAUAAACUUGAAACCUUAAAUGCAAAGGGUUGCAUCAAGCUCGAGAGUUUUCCACCCUUACAGUUGACCUCUCUUAAGAAAUUGGAACUCUCUAUUUGUAAGAGUCUCAAGAGUUUUCCAGAAUUAGUUGGUAGGUUGACAAAUAUAAAAGACAUUUGGUUGUAUGGAACCUCCAUAGGAGAAUUGCCAUUUUCAUUUCAAAAUUUCAGUGAACUUGCUCACUUAUAUCUAAGUGGAUGUGGAAAGCUCAGAUUUUCAAGUUUCAUUUUUAUGAUGCCAAAGUUGUCAAAGAUUACCGCUAAGGAUUGUCGUCUAGUCUUGCCAAAACUUAAUGAUAAAUUGAAUUCCACACUGUUUUCAAAUGUGGAAUAUCUUAAUCUUGGAAACAACAGCCUCUCAGAUGAAUGUGUUCCAAUAAUUCUCAGGUUGUGUGCUAAUGUGAAGUAUCUAUACUUACCGGGUAAUGAUUUUAAAAUUCUUCCUGAGUGCCUUAAUGAAUGUCACCUUAUUAGAAUCCUUGAAUUGGAUGGCUGCAAAAACCUUGAGGAAAUUAAAGGGAUUCCACCAAAUCUAAAAAAGUUUUCUGCAAUACAAUGCAAGUCAUUGACUUCCUCAUGUAUAAGGAUGUUAUUGAGUCAGCAACUACACGAAGCUGGAUGCACUGAUAUUUGUUUGCCAACUAGAAUUAAGAGGAUUCCAGAUUGGUUCGAGCACCAAUCCGGGGGGCAGACAAUUUCUUUCUGGUUUUGUAAAAAAAUCCCUUCUAUAAGUUCUAUUUUUCUCUUCUCUUUUCCUGAAUCAUUUUCUGUUCAUGUGAGGGAUAAUAUUACAAUAAUAGUCAACUUGUUCGUCAAUGGCUAUAAAUACACUCUUUCUGACGAUGUCUGGUUUGUUUCUCGUUGUCCUAAGAUACAAACGGAUCAUACAUAUCUGUUUGAUCUGGAAUUGGAAGAACUGAUUAAGCGCUACAGGACGUACAGGAAACUCAUGUCUAAACUGGAGGAAGCACUUUUAAAAAAUGAAUGGAUCCAUGUAGAGCUUAAGUUUGGGAGUUGUUUGGAUUUGAAAUGUUCUCAGGAUUCAAAUAUGAAAUUAUCAUGCAUUACACAAAUUGGAAUCCAUAUGUUCAAGGAGAAAAGAAGCAUGGAGGAGGAUGUCGUAUUCACUAAUCCUUAUGGAAAGAGAAAAUUAGAUGAAUAUCUCAAUACUUCAUUAUCACAAUUUCUCCCUCCACUAAAAAAGGAUAGAUUUGUGGAUGUAGGAAUUCCAGAGACAGAAAUUUUGCAGCGGCAUCAUUUAGCUUUAUUGUCAAUGCAACAAAAAAUGGCUUUGUUACCGCAACGAAGACGUAUAACAUUAUUGUCACGCAUGUGGAACUUGGUGCUUAAUGAAACAAAAGAAAAGGAACACCAAGGCUAG